GGCAACAACAACAACAACAACAACACUACUCCAAAACAAGCCGCCGUUCCAUACGGCGCGAUCAAACGAUUGACGGCGCCAAACCACCCGGUGUAUGGCGGUGUGGUCAAACGGGACAGCAAGACCGUCCACCGGCGACUCGAAACGAUGGAAGGAACGCUGAAUGUAUCGUUUUGUGCACCCAAGGAACUAUUGUUCCAGGCUAAAUUCAAUUUGAUGUGGUUGCUCGGCAACAGCCAGGUAACAUUUCAUUGCCGGUGUAAUGCGGAAAUGUUGAUUACGAACAGCUUUUCCCGGAACGAUUUUGCCCCAAUUACAAAGCACAUGUUGGUGCCGGUGGAGGUGUAUGAGGUGACACCGGGGGCCGAGCUGAUGUUAGUGCUAACGGGAGACAUGAAAACUUUCAUCGGCUUUGACCCGACCAACUUAGCCCAGCAACGGGUGGCCGAUAUUUUGGAAUUUGGGUUGCAAACGGUAUUCGAUAAAACUGUUAAGGAGGCAUGUCAGUCGUUCAUCGGGGAAGGCAAGAAGCAUACCAUUCUCGCGUCCCUAAAGACGGUGUUGCUCCCAGACAUGUCACUGUCGGUAAGCUUGGCUGUUGAUCUGGGCAGCCUAGACGGACUGGUUUCGCUGGCUUUAUUGACGCAGGCACAAUCGCAAGGGGCAUGGGAACCGACGCACGAUACGCGUGCCCGGCUGAUAAAGCAGCUUCAUUCGGGUUGCGAAAUGGUACUGCCGCUCAAGCUGGGCGAAGUGCGCCUACCGGCAACAGCAGGGAUCGAUUCAGCGAUGGAAGGGAUAGCGCACUUGCAACUGUAGGGCUGUCGGCGACCGCCACAUGCCUACUCUCUACAUUUAGACAUUAGUGGCUGACUGAGUGAUUGAUCGCUCGCAUUGAUGGGGGUCGCUGCGUAACAAUUUUAGCGUUUCAUUUCAGCCGCUGGAGGGGUGGUGGUGUGUGUGUGUGUUAACACUUGCGAAUAAAAUGAGCCGCUCUAGUAAAAGCCGCCGGACGUGUGGCAUAUGUGGUGAGCGGGGGAAAAAGGAUGGCUAUUUGCAGUCGUUGCCGCCAAAUGUCGUUGCCUCGUUGAUCAUUUACAGUGUAAGUCUCAAUGUCUUACUAAAAAGCAUACUAGAGUCAACACACUGUCGAGUUACGGCGAAACAAUAGGUACGUUAGAACCGGGGGAAAAAACAUCACUGUUUGCAUUUUAUCGGACGUGCUGUCAAGAUUUAGUUUAUUUUUUUUUUGGUUUUUUUGGGGGAUUUCAAAUCGUUGCGAUUCGUCGUCCGACGUUAUCUGCUAAAUGCCAUACAACUUAUUUGUACAGCACAUUCGAUAAAAUCGUAACCCAAUGGGAGCACUAUAGGCAUCCACCGGCCUAAGAGCUCAACAUUUAGCGGCCCCAACUGCAGCUAGUCGGUUAAGGAAUUUCCUUCGUGUGUGAUAUAGAUGAAACCAAAAACAAAAACAUUGGAUUAGUGCUUGGAAAUGAUUUAGGGUAUCAUCAGUCGUUAAACCAGAAGAUCGCCCAACUAAUCGAACAACCUGACUAGGUGUGUCAGCUUGGUUGUUGUGUGGUGCGUAGUCGCAUCCGGGACGCUCUGGUGGCAAAUUGCCCCCGAGCUGCCGUUCCGUACAUUUCCCUGUUGUAAGAUAAAACCAAACCAGAUAUGGAAGGAUACGGUCGUGCCGCAGCACUACCGAAACGCAUUUAUUGGCCUUGAAGACAGAGUGAACACGCUUUGCUGUAAUAUAUUGGAAGCGACUGUGCGAUCGCUCCAUUGAUUGCGGUGUAGGAGGUAGUGUGUAUAGUAAGAGUUAGAGCGCGUUUGAGCUGAAAUGUCCGAGAAGAUUGUGUGUGUUUAUGGGUGUGUGAGUGUGUGUGUGUGUGUGUGCGAGAGAGAUAGAAAGAAUGAGUGCGCCACAUCGUAAGAUAUUCCAAAUGAUUCAUAAGACAGCUGAGAGUACCUAUAGGAUUUAAGUGCAUAAAGAGAUACAUUUAUAAAGACCGCCCGAGCUCCGAUGGUGCAGCAGUGGUCGUCAACAUAUAGGAAGAGGAGGUCGUAGGCACACCGUUAUCAAGUGAAGAAAAAAGCAUGGGACAAAGUAUGGAACGGAAGCUUUAACCAGCACCACCCGUCUCACUCUCCUUGUUAGGAUUACUGCCCGUCUCUUUGCCCAUUGAACUUUGUUGAACUCUCUCUCUCCAUUGGUUGCUUCGUUCGUUGCGAAGUAGGUAUGAAAACGGGUAAAAGGCAAUGUUGCUGUUAAAACCAAAAAAAAAUAAUAAUAAUUGUGUUUUAUUUCCCAUCCUUCCUCUUUCCUUGUUUUGGCCCUUACAGGGUUUUUAAAGCCAGCUCACCAUCGUAACACUAUUUUUCGAACACGCUAAACGAUUGUCAACAUACAAUUCGAAUCCGUAAACGCUUUUCAAUUUGGUAACACUAGGUUUAGGACAAGUAAAAUUCCAACGGGAAUCUGGAUAAUGUAUGUGACAAGACACCCAUUAUACUUUUGCCAGAUUCCAGUUGGGAUUUUGCGCGUUCAAAAUCUAGUUUUACCAAAUCGAAAAGCGUUUACGGAUUCGAAUUGUAUGUACGAUGUUGACAAUCGUUUAACGUGUUCGAAAAAUAGUGUUACGAUAUUGAGCUAGCUUGAGAAACCCUGUAUACAUACUUGAACGAAGUGCAAUAACGGGACAGAGAGCUAGUGCAAUAGCGGAGUGAAUUUGUCGUGCCAUCGGGUUAAAAUCGCACGUUAAACGGUUUAGUGUAAGAAGGGUCAGGACUUAUAGGACUAAGCCUGCAAAUAAUAAAAAAAAACAAAGGAAGUAAUCCGCCGGAAAACGCGGACUAUGAAGUUGUGUAACAUAGCAAGUGCAGAAGGUACAAAAUAAACCAACCGUAUGUUGUUUCGUAAACUUA